AUGAUCAAGUAAAACAUUCAGUUCAUUCACCAAUUCAAGCAGAUAAGCUAACACGGGAUAAUAAUGUUGAUACUGUUUUUAGUUUCUUUAUGUUUUAGUGUUUUUGUAAUUAUUGAUGUUUCAUCCUCCAAAAUUGUUCCAGCCAUUGACUUCAGGAAUGUGGAGUACUACACCAACGAGCAAUGUGGAGAAUGGCCCCACUGCCCCCUAGUUGACUGUCGUCUGUUGCCGCCUAUAGUGCUGGGCUUCUGCUGUGGGUGCAAACAGACACGAGACCACGUCGGCAUUGAAUGUCCUCAGUCCAUGCCUUGUCCUCAAAUCAACACUGAACUGUGUCAUCAGUACAACCUCUUGAUGAAUUGCUGCUGUUAAAAUGUUUAAUUUUGGGAUUGAGCAUAAGGUUAAUGAAUCUGCACUUAGUUUUGUCCAUUACAUUAUUUUGUCAGUUGUACUUUUAUCAGCUAACAGAUUUUUAGUCAAUAAAACCACGAUCUGCCAAGAA